AUGAACAUCACAAAUAUGUUGGACAAGAAGAAUGCGGCGGCGGCAGCAGCAGCGGCAGCGGCAGGGUCAGGUCCUUCGCCGGAACACCAACUUCUUCCCCAUCCACAGCUGACUCCGAUCGGCAUGGAUCGUGCAAACUCACCGCACGGAUCCGAGAGCUCCUACCACUCAGGCCCCCGCCCUGGCCAGCAAUUAGAUGCCCUGAAUGGGAUGAGUAACGGUCGGCCUUAUGGUUCCCCCACUGCAAUGCAUGCAACGAUGGCCCUGUCCGACCCCAGUAUGCCUCCUACUAUGAUGAUUCCUGGCAUGCCGCAGCUCUCUCAUGCACUCUCUAUGCCCUACAAUAAGCCUCCUGAGCAGUCCCAGCAGCCACAACCUCAGCACAAGGCGUAUCCAUGCAGCACAUGUCAAAAAGCCUUUGCGCGGCGUAGUGAUCUGGCUAGGCAUGAGCGCAUCCAUAGCGGCAUUCGUCCGCAUGUCUGUGAUUUUGAGGGAUGCGGAAAACAGUUUAUCCAACGAUCAGCUCUGACGGUGCACCAACGAGUUCAUACCGGCGAGAAACCCCACAUGUGUGAACGAUGUGGCAAGCCGUUCAGUGAUAGCAGCUCAUUGGCCCGACACAGGCGUAUUCACUCGGGUAAACGGCCGUAUAAGUGCCCGUAUGCUAACUGUCAAAAGACGUUCACUCGACGAACUACAUUGACUCGACACCAAAAUUCUCAUUCUGGUACAGUUGAAGAGGCAGCGGCAGCUACAGCCAAUGCUCUAGCAGCACAGGCUAGCAGAAACGCAGCUCGCGUGGCUCGUAGUGACGGUGACCCUGGAUCAAACCAUGGUUCACCACUGAACACACCCUCGCCAGGCCAGAGACAUAUGUCUAUCUCACCUAGUGCCGAGCUCGCUGCUGCUAAUGCGAUGCGCAACAGCGAUUAUUCGUAUGUGGGCAAUGGCUCACUUCCGGUACAUAUCCGUACCGAUAUGCAGUCCCAGAGUCCUACUUCGGCCCCGGGCUACCCUACAGGCAUGCGACCUACUUCUCACCCAACGGUGUAUCCACCACCCCCUACUCUAGAGCCAAGUAUAGAGUCGCACCAGUCAGGUACCGGUAGCACAGGUGGAAGUCCUCAUAUGGGUAGUGUCGGAUGGCAAUCGCCUACGCACAUGGCUUCACCCACCCACAGCAACAGUGGCAAUAGCUACGUGUAUCCCGAUCCGGAUCAGCCAUUUCUGGGCAGCAACAACUUGGGCCAAAUGUAUUACAAUUCGGGCGCUCAAAUUCGACGACCAACAAGCACAGAACCCGGUUCGGCAGGUUAUGACGUUAAACCACGUCCUAACGAGCUGUGGGCUGCAUACGAUAAAUCCGAGUACCUAAUCGCACGUACCCGAGGCCCUGCAUAUUGGGUUGGUCCCGGAGAGGCAGCCGGUAUAAACUUCACCUGGGCCGGGCGCACGGGAAGCACCCGGGACGCGCACAAGCUCCUCCGGUUCGCACUAGAAAGCACGCCCACAACGACCCGCGGAGCACGCAACAGGCGAGGAGCGUCAGCUCCACCAUUGUCGCACCCCGGCACUCGCUCACCAACGUCGCCGUCCGCCAUGAACGGCAACAGUCCGACGCGGGGCCCAGCCCUCCAGCUGCGGCUCCUGGAAGCGCUCUUCCGGGCACACCACGAAUCCGACGGGGAUAUAUCGGACCGCUCGUUUCUCGCGGAGACGGCGUCGGCGGCGACGGGGUUCGCGACCGCCCAGAUCCGUGCCGUUCUCGAGGAUGCGAGCGAGGUGUGGGGCCGCGCGGUGAGUGCCUUGGUCGCGGAGGUGUCGUCCCCGCGGGGGCUCGCGGUGCGUGCUGUGCCUACGUUUGUGGUCAACGACCAUUAUGUGAUUGGCGGGGUGCAGAGCGCGGAGUUCCUGGUUGAUGAGUUUGAGAGGAUACGGAGAAGUGGGGGGAGGUAG